GUAUGUGUAAAGCAAGGCGAACAUUGCGCACCUAAGCAAUCGAGGAAACUUUAGACAGCCGUCCUGUAGCUAAAGGUGGCUAGCCGGUUAAUCACCUGCACGCCACAGGAGGUUGUUGAUUUUCUGUAUCAAUGCUCAGGAAUUUCUUUCGCUCAUAUAAUUUUUUUUGAGUAGGUCUCUAGCGACGAAAAGAACGAGGCAAACACCAGUAGGUUAGGUUGAAUCCGCUCGAUGGCGUACUCCCUUUGCCAGGAUGUCAGUAUAUAAACGAACCAAGUAGCGUUGCCGUAGCGUCUGGAUGAUUUGAACAGCACCACGGGCUUUUUUUGUGGGGUUUGUAGUGGGAUUUGCAUGAUGUCAAACAAGCGAUCCCCGCAAUUUGCUGGCAGUGCAAGUUCUGUGCCCAGCACAAGUAGCAGUACUAGUAGCACCAGUGGUACAGGAGGCUCAGCGAUCAACCCCAGUGGUGGAACCAACGGCGUCACAAGCAAUGGGAACAAUUCUGUUAAUGUAGUUCCCUCCCGGACACUGACAACGGCAGGUGACAGCGGCUUGUCGGUUCCAACUUUGGUCGCCGUGUCGUCGUCCCGAGGUGGUUUCGCCUCUCUGAGUAGACCGUCCGCAUCCUCCGGCAGCAGGAAGAGAUCCCUCCAACAAGCACCUCUUUACAAUGGCCUGUUGAACUCGUAUGAAGAUAAAAGCAACGAUUUUGUCUGCCCAAUUUGCUUCGAAAUGAUAGAAGAGGCACACAUGACCAAGUGUGGGCACAGUUUUUGCUUCAAAUGCAUCCGCCAGAGUCUGGAGGAUAGCAACAGGUGUCCCAAGUGCAACUACAUUGUUGAUAAUGUGGAUCAACUUUACCCAAACUUCCUUGUAAAUGAACUCAUCCUUAAACAGAAGCAAAGAUCGGAGGAGAAGAGACACAAAUUAGAUCAUCCUAAUGGAUCCAGAUGGCAUGUUUUACAAGAUGUGUUAAGUCCUGACCAAGAGAACUUGGACCUGGCAAAUGUAAAUCUAAUGUUGGAGCUACUGGUUCAGAAGAAGAAGCAGCUGGAGGCGGAAUCCCAAGCAGCUCAAAGACAAAUCCUCAUGGAGUUUCUUAAUGAAGCAAGGAGAAACAAAAGAGAGCAACUGGAGCAAUUACAAAAGGAGCUUAACUUCCUUGAAGAGGACAUUAAGCGUGUUGAGGAAAUGAGCGGAAUCUAUUCUCCAAUGGAGGCAGAGUGUACAGUUCCCAAUGUUGAAGCCCACUCGCCAUCUCCCAGCUGUAGUAGUAUAAUUGAGCCAGCAAACUAUAAUCAGCCGCCAGAAUUUGGUGGAACAGGCCAGGGGAAAAGGCAGACCUGGUACAAUAGCACGUUAGCAUCAAGGAGGAAAAGAUUGACUGCUCAUUUUGAGGAUCUUGAGCAGUGUUACUUCUCCAACAAAAUGUCACGGAUCUCAGAGGAAGGCAGGAACCUGAAUCAACUGGAUGACUUUAUGGAGUGUCUUUCCAAAUUCACUCGCUAUAAUUCUGUCCGACCCCUGGCAACUCUCUCCUAUGCCAGUGACCUCUAUAAUGGCUCCAGUAUUGUCUCCAGCAUUGAGUUUGACCGUGAUUGUGACUACUUUGCCAUCGCUGGUGUGACCAAGAAGAUCAAGGUGUUUGAGUACGGCACUGUGAUCCAAGAUGCAGUGGACAUUCACUAUCCUGUCAAUGAAAUGACUUGCAACUCUAAAAUCAGCUGUAUCAGCUGGAGUAGCUAUCACAAGAACCUCCUGGCCAGCAGCGACUAUGAGGGUACAGUCAUAUUAUGGGAUGGAUUUACCGGUCAUAGGUCCAAAGUCUACCAGGAGCAUGAGAAACGGUGCUGGAGUGUUGACUUUAAUCUGAUGGACCCAAAGUUGUUAGCAUCUGGCUCUGAUGACGCCAAAGUGAAGUUGUGGUCAACCAAUCUGGACAACUCUGUGGCCAGCAUUGAAGCUAAGGCUAAUGUCUGCUGUGUUAAGUUCAGCCCAACUUCUCGGUAUCAUCUCGCCUUUGGCUGUGCGGAUCACUGUGUCCAUUACUAUGACCUCCGCAACACUAAGCAGCCAAUCAUGGUCUUCAAAGGCCAUCGGAAAGCUGUUUCUUAUGCUAAGUUUGUUAAUGGAGAGGAGAUCGUUUCUGCGUCGACAGACAGUCAGCUGAAGCUGUGGAAUGUCAACAAACCUCAUUGCCUGCGCUCCUUCAAGGGUCACAUCAAUGAGAAGAACUUUGUUGGCCUGGCCUCUAAUGGAGACUAUAUUGCCUGUGGCAGUGAGAACAAUUCCUUGUAUCUGUACUACAAAGGACUUUCCAAGACACUUUUAACCUUCAAGUUUGACACAGUAAAGAGUGUGCUUGAUAAAGAUAAGAAAGAAGAUGACACCAAUGAGUUUGUCAGUGCUGUCUGUUGGAGGGCUCUGCCUGACGGAGAGUCAAAUGUGUUGAUUGCUGCGAACAGUCAAGGAACAAUUAAGGUACUUGAGCUUGUCUGAAGACCAACACAUGAAGAUCACAUCUUGAGCUGCUUGGUUGACGAUCAGUUUGAUGGAAGGGAGAGGCCAAGCUGCCUAUUGAACUUGUAACGGCCAACGCCCUUGGAGAACUGAUAUAAAUGAUUAUUUUAAUGAGCUGUAGCCUUUUGACAGUAAGAUUUUAUACUAGGACAUCUGUUCCAAGUAUAAAACGCUCCCAUUUUAUAGGGAAAAUAUUGAGAAUAAUGGAUGAGUACAAAAUGGAAAAAAGUACUUUAUUUGAUUUCUAUUCCAGUUAUAGCUGAUGCAGUAAUCCAUCUCCAUUGUUUUCAGUCAGAUCUGUAAUUUUAUCCAUUUUUUAAAACGCUAUUGCUCCUGGUGGUACACAUCUACCCAAAUGCUACCCUUAGUGCCAUUUCACCCCCCCCCCCCCCCCCAUUGGAAGCUAAAGCACAGGACUAAUUGACAUGCAAGUUCUUCUUAGUCUUCACAUUCAACAUUAACUCUUAACCCAGCCGUGAAUGGUUUGUCUGAUUGAUUAUGUGGAGUGCUUUCCAAGGUGGAAGAAACCAAUCGUAAUAAAUAAAACUUGAAUUUAAUUCUGUCAAAUACAGUAAAUUGUCAGUUGCAGAAUGUGAGUUUGACACAAAGAAAGAUCAAUAGAUCAUGGAAAGAGGUUGAGAAAUGACCACUUUUCUGAUGUAUCCAAAGGCAUGGAUCAAACAUGUCACAUUGAAAGUAGCAUUAGUAAUACUGUAUACUUCUAUAGAUGAAAACAACUGAGCCCAAUUGUGAGUCCAAAAAACUAAUAGUUUUUGUAGUGUGGAGAGCAGUCUGCGUAAACAUGGACUAAAUAUGGAUCAAAAAGAUUUCCUAAACCCUGCUAAGACCUACCUAUUUUAUGACAAAUGAAGAGGUGUUUUCUGUUUGUAUAACUAAAUAAAUUAUUUCAAAAGUUUGUUGUACCAGGUCAUUAAAAAAAAAAAAAACAUCCUCAGUAUUUCCCAAUAGUUUCAUAACUGAGUUUGUUUAAGUGAGUUACGUAUGUGUUUACGGCUCGCUUUGUUAAUGGGUUCCAUAUGUUUUUGUUUUGUUUUUUCCCCGGCCUUAUUGGAAAUGGUAAUGUUGAAAUUCUUCACUUUUGCCACAGAUCAGAUUCCUCCGUGUGGGUUUAAACACCAAAACCCUCUGUCAAUGUUCAUUCAAUGUGGAUUCUCCCAACAAGAAUGCACAGUGAAUUGUUUUACCCUCAAGGGAUUCAUGAAAGAUUGACAUGUCGCUGCAAUUGUUCCAAUUAAUAGAGGAAAAACAAUUACAUUUUGAUUGUUAUGGCAUAUUCAUGUGCAAAAUAUUGACGUAAUUUGUUUGUUCACAAAUUCUAUGUUUAAGGGAGGUCCAACUUUGGGUCUUAGAUCACCACCAUGAAUAUUAAAUUAGGAGAGCAAUAUUUGUGUAUAUCUUCUAAAUUCAACUGGUUUAACAAGAAUGUAAUCACCAAUAAGCAAAGCAAAGCAAAUUUAUUGGUAUAGCGCAUUUCAUACACAAUGUGCUUUACAUGAUUAAAAGCAUUUGAAAACAAAGAGAUAAAAACAUUUUAUAUGGCAUAAAAACAAUAAAAAUGACAAACAAAAUAUUAAAUAAAUAAAUGGGGAAAUGCAUAUACAGUUCCACCAGAAAGUACUCAGUGUUUCACGUUUUCCACAUUUUGCUGUUUUAGACUUAGUGUAGCACACAAUGCCAUGAAAAAAGUAU